UGGAAGCGUAAAAGAAAAAAAGAAACAUUUUUUUAAAAAAUGGAGGAGUGAUCGUCAAAGGUUACAUCUGCUCUGGGACCCGCUGUCACCUGAAGGCCCCUGUGUCUGCUCUAGAGAACUCCCGUUGAAUGACAAAGACGCUAAGAACAGUCUUUGCCCAAGACGGGUCUGGAACCUAACGGGGUUCCCAUGACCCCUGCGAUUGCUUCCAGUCAGCAAUGAAAGGGUUAUCAGGUAGCCGCAGCCACCACCAUGGAAUCACCUGCGAGUCGGCCUGUGACUCCCUGUCACACCACUCAGACCACAAGCCGUACCUGCUGAGCCCUGUGGACCACCACCCAGCCGAUCAUCCCUACUACACCCAGCGGAAUUCCUUCCAGGCCGAGUGCGUGGGGCCCUUCAGCGACCCGCUGGCCAGCAGCACCUUCCCACGCCGGCACUACACCUCACAGCAGGAGCUGAAGGACGAGAGUGCCCUGGUGCCACGAACCCUGGCCACCAAGGCCAAUCGCCUCCCCUCCAACCUGCUGGAUCAGUUUGAGAGGCAGCUACCGCUCAGCCGGGAUGGCUACCACACGCUCCAGUACAAGCGCACCGCCGUGGAGCAUCGCAGCGACAGCCCCGGCCGCAUCCGGCACCUGGUCCACUCGGUCCAGAAGCUCUUCACCAAGUCUCACUCCCUGGAGGGGCCAUCCAAAGGCAGCGUCAAUGGGGGCAAGGCCAGCCCCGAUGAGUCGCAAACCGUGAGGUACGGCAAGCGCAGCAAGAGCAAGGAGAGGCGUUCAGAGUCCAAGGCCAGAUCCAACGCCUCUAAUGCCUCCCCGACCUCUCCCAGCUGGUGGAGCUCGGACGACAACCUGGACGGCGACAUGUGCCUGUACCACACGCCCUCGGGCGUGAUGACCAUGGGCAGGUGCCCCGACCGCUCCGCUUCGCAGUACUUCAUGGAAGCCUACAAUACCAUCAGCGAGCAAGCCGUGAAGGCCUCCCGGAGUAGCAACGACGUCAAGUGCUCCACCUGCGCCAAUCUGCCAGUCAACCUGGACGCCCCGCUUCUGAAGAAGAGCGCCUGGUCCUCCACUCUCACCGUGAGCCGAGCCCGAGAGGUUUACCAGAAAGCCUCGGUGAACAUGGAUCAGGCCAUGGUGAAGUCUGAGGCCUGCCAGCAAGAGCGGUCCUGCCAGUACCUACAGGUUCCCCAAGAUGAAUGGACAGGGUACACGCCUCGUGGGAAGGACGAUGAGAUUCCAUGCCGGAGGAUGCGAAGCGGCAGCUACAUCAAGGCCAUGGGGGAUGAGGACAGCGGGGACUCAGACACGAGUCCCAAGCCAUCUCCCAAAAUGGCUGCCAGAAGAGAAAGCUAUCUCAAGGCUACACAACCAUCCCUCACAGAGCUCACCACACUCAAGAUCUCCAAUGAACACUCACCCAAACUCCAGAUCCGGAGUCACAGUUACCUGAGGGCAGUAAGUGAAGUCUCCAUCAACAGAAGCCUGGACAGUCUCGACCCUGCAGGCUUGCUCACAUCGCCAAAGUUUCGCUCCAGAAAUGAGAGCUACAUGCGAGCCAUGAGCACCAUCAGCCAGGUGAGCGAGAUGGAGGUGAACGGGCAGUUCGAGUCCGUCUGCGAGUCGGUGUUCAGCGAGCUGGAGUCGCAGGCCGUGGAGGCGCUGGACCUGCCCAUGCCCGGCUGCUUCCGCAUGCGGAGCCACAGCUACGUCCGGGCCAUCGAGAAGGGCUGCUCGCAGGACGACGAGUGCGUGUCGCUGAGGUCGUCCUCCCCUCCGCGCACGACCACCACGGUGCGGACCAUCCAGAGCAGCACCGGUGUCAUAAAACUGAGUUCUGCCGUGGAAGUGUCAUCUUGCAUUACCACAUAUAAGAAGACGCCACCUCCAGUCCCACCCAGAACCACCACGAAACCUUUCAUUUCUAUCACAGCCCAGAGUAGCACUGAGUCUGCGCAGGACGCAUACAUGGACGGACAGGGCCAGCGCGGAGACAUGAUCAGCCAGUCUGGCCUCAGCAACUCCACCGAAAGUCUGGACAGUAUGAAGGCCCUCACGGCUGCCAUCGAGGCGGCCAACGCCCAGAUCCACGGCCCCGCGAGUCAGCACAUGGGCAAUAAUGCCGCGGCUGUCACCACCACCACGACCAUAGCCACUGUCACCACCGAGGACAGGAAGAAAGACUUCAAGAAGAACCGAUGCCUCUCUAUCGGGAUCCAGGUGGACGAUGCCGAAGAGCCUGAGAAAACAGUGGAGAACAAGGCGUGCAGCAAGUUCCAGUCGGUGGGCGUGCAGGUGGAAGAGGAGAAGUGCUUCCGCAGAUUCACUCGGUCCAACAGCGUGACAACUGCAGUACAGGCCGACCUGGACUUCCAUGAUAACCUGGAAAAUUCUCUGGAGUCUAUAGAGGACAAUUCGUGUCCCGGCCCAAUGGCCAGACAGUUCUCCCGGGAUGCCAGCACCUCCACAGUCAGUAUCCAGGGUUCAGGAAACCACUAUCAUGCCUGCGCAGCCGACGAUGACUUUGACACGGAUUUUGACCCCUCUAUCCUGCCUCCUCCGGACCCCUGGAUUGACUCUGUCACAGAAGACCCUCUGGAGGCCGUUCAGAGGUCUGUGUGCCGCCGGGAUGGCCACUGGUUCCUGAAGCUUCUCCAGGCAGAGCGAGACCGCAUGGAGGGGUGGUGCCAGCAAAUGGAGAGAGAAGAGCGAGAGAACAACCUCCCGGAGGACAUUCUAGGGAAAAUCCGAACGGCGGUGGGCAGUGCCCAACUUCUCAUGGCGCAGAAAUUCUACCAGUUCAGAGAACUGUGUGAAGAGAACGUGAAUCCCAAUGCUCAUCCAAGACCCACUUCCCAGGAUUUGGCGGGGUUUUGGGACAUGCUGCAGUUGUCCAUAGAAAAUAUUAGUAUGAAAUUUGAUGAACUUCAUCAGUUAAAGGCCAAUAAUUGGAAACAGAUGGAUCCUCUUGACAAGAAGGAGCGAAGGGCCCCUCCUCCAGUGCCAAAGAAGCCGGCGAAGGGCCCCGCGCCGCUGAUCCGGGAGCGCUCGCUGGAGAGCUCGCAGCGCCAGGAGGCCCGCAAGCGCCUGAUGGCCGCCAAGCGCGCCGCGUCGGUCCGCCAGAACUCGGCCACCGAGAGCGCCGAGAGCAUCGAGAUCUACAUCCCCGAGGCGCAGACCCGGCUCUGAGCGCCGCCGAGGACCGGCCCGCCUCCCCGCCCCUCCGCCUCUCAGCUCCGCGGCCGUCCUGGCGCAGCCGUCCCCCAGACCGCCCCGCUUCCCGGACCACGCGGCCCAUCUUCUCCACCGAGCUUCGCCCCCCUGUCCUGAAGCCUCGCGCAGACAUCCAAACCCUUUCUUUUCUGGGCCAAGCAAACCCACUUGUGUAGAGACGACACCUGUAGGUCCCUCGCCCUCCUCAGUUCUCUCAAGCUAGCACGUCCCUAGAACUCAGCAAUAUAAAACCAUAGGGUAAUUCAGAAACCCAGUAUCACACAGGGUGACCCUUGGGGACUUACCGUCUUCCACGUGAAAGAAACGAGGGCUCCGACUCCCCUUUAUUUGCCCCAAACGGUUAUCUUUUACGAGCGGAGAGCGCUUUAUUUCUAAUCUCAGAAAUCACACCAUCUCACGGGGAUCAGUGGUGACUAAGAGAGAGGGGACCGAGCUGGCCUAGGGUUGGGGGCCUGGUGUGUAGGAGGGAAGGGCGAAGCGCGCAGGUACCCCGCAUCUGCGCCCUCGCGGCUGUACAAACUGCCUUGCUGGUACUUCAUCAAUCACAGCUUCAAACGUUUCAAUCAGCAGAAGAUUGUAAAUCCGAUCUUUCAGGGAAAUUAACCUAUUCUGAAAGGCAAUAAAAUGAAGAAAGCUAAGGGAAAGGAAACACCGGUGGCUUAAGAUCCUACAUAAGGAAUCUAUUUAUUAUUUAUCUUAUUAAGAAAAUUUAGGCCUGAAAUGUCUUAUCAACUUUUUCUUGUACUCUCUGUAUUAUAAUGUCACAGCAGUGGUUUUUAAACGGGAGGGGGAAUAAGGACCUGGUUCUGUUACCUUAGUGUCCAUCAGGGUAGGCCCACUUAGAAUUUCACACAGGAAGGCCAUUUCCAGAGGAGAGUUCGGGUUCUCCUGCCACCCCUUUGAAUGCCACCCAUCCAUCGAGCUUAGCCCAGCACUUCACACUUGAGGGGCGCUUUCUCCUACGGUCCUCCUCUCCAGUACAGGGUUCACGUGUUCCCCAGCACAGGAUUUUUUGCUCUAUGUCAAAUGAAUAAAAUAAAAGGUUUUCUACCCCAGUUGACAUGCUGCCUCGUUCCAAAGAGCUGUCGUUAUGAUCCUGGAGUUCCAGAUAGUGAGAGAAGUCAUUGGAUAUGCCGGGGUCAAGAGCUAAGAGGAGGGGGAAAAGUCGUCAUUGAAACCACUGACAGGAAUCCAAGCUUUUGGUUGGAUACAGGCUUGCUGCUGGCUUGCAGUUCAGUCGUGGUUGAUGGACUGUUCACUGGCAUCCUGCUGAAGUCUUAAACGCCCUUACUUGUAGCAGUUUAAACAUUCUGAACGUGGCGAUCUGAAAGGAUCAGCCUUUUAAUAUGUCAAGCUUGCAGCCUAAAUAAUUAGAAAUUUGCCAUAGAAAAAUGAAAGACUUAAAAGAAAAAAAAAUGCUUGCACCAGAAAUGCUUUUAAAAAAACACUCUCAUAGCCAGGUGCUAAUUUAAUUUUCUUUACAAAAUUAAGAGAAGCGAUGGGUUCUGGCAACCAGUAUUUUCAGACAUAUUCUAAAACCUCUAGAGAAUUUGCUACCUCUCAGAGCCAUUGAUGCUUUGAGUUACCUUUAUCCACAGGGCACAAAUGUUUACUGCUGUGGUUUACAAGAAAAGGGCUAUAACUUAUUCAAAACAACAACAACAACUUUUAACUAGGGCAGACAAAGGCAGCGCUUUGUCCAACUGGAGCAGAGAUUUUUGAGCUUUAAGAAUUUGCUAGUUUCAGAAAAAAAAAAAAUAUGCUUUUACUUUACCGAGUCGCAGCAGUGAAAGAUCACAUGACAUAGGCAGGAGUAACGCCAACCGACCGUCACCUUGGUAGCCCGUGGUCACAUUCAUCCAAGACUUGGAAUUCCCAGGAAGCAGCAUCCAUUCUAGAUCCGCUCUGACCCACUUUCACCACUCCAGCUCCCUGCCCUGAGGUAGGAGUGAGAUCAGUCUCUAACGUGAUUCCAGAUCCUUCUACAGUGUUUUCUUUGGGAACUGAUUUAGCCUAGGCUAUUUUAAAGAGAGAAGAGAGAAGGCCUAUUUAUCUUGUCUACGUGAAUGGCAUUUGUAUAUUCAUAAGCUAUUUUUGGUAAGAAUUUUAAAUCUUUUAGCUGAACGCCUGAAGGGCAUCACAGCCUUUGCCUUCCUGGAAAUCACAGUUCAACUGUACAAACACUUUAUAAAAAACAAAAAAACAAAAAAGCUAAUUAUUGAUCUUAGGACACAACCCCACACAAUACAGCGUGUUAUCUACUACUGGAACCCAGAAACUGAAUCUGUGAGCAUAACCUUUGUUGCAUUAUUCUUUUUGAUGUAAUUUGUAGAGAUGUUAUUUAGUUCAUAAUGAACAGUGUAUGUACCCUGAAAAUUACUUAUUUUGUUUAACUUUGGUAUAAAGGUGUUUGGGCAUUUUCUUGGGGUGGGGUGGGAGGGAAGAUCACAAAAGAAGUUUGUUUCCCUCAUCAAAAACAACAACAAAAAAAAUACGUUCAAAGAAAUUAAGUAUUUAUUAUAUUUUUUGCAGACGUUUCCAUACAAUUCACAUAACCUUUUUGUAAAGAGAGAUGAAGAAAUGGAUUAAAGAUUUUUAAUAUUUGAAAUGGUAAAUAGAACUAAUUUAUUUGUAAUAUAUUUCUGUUAUUUAUAGAUGUUCCCUUAAUGUUUUACUGUGCAGUACUGCUUUAAUUUAACCCUUAUCCUUGUGAAUUUACCAUUUCUUUUUUAAGAACAUGUCUAGAUGCAUAUUUUAAAUAACUGGAAUGUAAAUCAUUAGCAUAUCUGAAUUCCCUAAUGUAAUUUUUAAAAAUUAUUUUGGUUUGGGGAAAAAAAAAAGAUUCAUUUGAAAGCCUUCAGAUGGAGGGGUGGGGAAGAUUUUUAUGGCUUUCUGAAAUGGUAUUUCAUAGGCUUAUUAACCUAGACUGUGUGUGGACAAAAAUAAAAUAAAAUAACAACCUGUAAAUAGAUGAAUGUUUCCCAUAAUGUACAAAGAAGAAAUUAAUAAAAUAAUCAAUG